AUGGCGAGGUCGUCUAUGAGAAUGCGCUCAGGGCCCUCGACUCCCUGCUGGAUCGAGUCGUCGCUGGAAGUCGAGACAGAGAUCAAACCGUACACGAUCAACUUUGGUCCGCAGCACCCGGCUGCCCACGGAGUCUUGAACGGUGAGUCGAUCGUUCACGCUGACCCGCAUAUCGGCCUGCUGCACCGCGGCACAGAGAAGCUUAUGGAGUACCGCACGUACCUGCAGGCGCUGCCGUACAUGGACCGCCUAGAUUACUGCUCGAUGAUGGUGAACGAGGAGGUGUACUCGCUGGCGACCGAGAAGCUGCUGAACAUUGACGUGCCCCUGCGUGCCAAGUACAUCCGUGUUAUGUUCGCCGAGAUCACCCGUAUCCUGAACCACUGCAUGGCCGUCGGUUCGCACGUGAUGGAUGUCGGUGGUCUGACUCCCUUUAUUUACCUCAUGGAGGAGCGUGAGCGUUGCAUGGAGUUCUAUGAGCGCGUGUGCGGUGCGCGUAUGCAUGCGGCCUAUGUGCGCCCCGGUGGUGUUGCGCAGGAUCUGCCGCGCGGUCUGCUGCAGGACAUCUACGAGUGGGCCAACACCUACCCGGAUCGCCUGGAUGAGGUUGAGGAGAUGGUUACCAGCAACCGCAUCUGGCUCAUGCGCACUGUUGACGUGGGCAAGAUCACCGCUGAUGAGGCCCUAAACUGGGGUAUUACUGGCCCGAUGCUGCGCUCGACCGGCAUUCGCGCCGAUAUCCGCAAGACCAACCCGUAUGAGGUCUACGACCGCCUCGAGUUUGACGUGCCUAUCGGCACCAAGGGCGAUGUGUUUGACCGCUACAUGAUCCGCAUGGAGGAGAUGCGCCAGAGCAUCCGCAUCAUCAAGCAGUGCCUGGACCAGAUGCCCGAGGGCCCGCACAAGGUCGACGACUGGAAGAUUGCGCCGCCUCCGCGUGACGCCAUGAAGGACAACAUGGAGGCCCUGAUCCACCACUUCAAGCUGUUCUCAGAGGGCUACAACGUGCCUGUUGGCGAGUCGUACACCGCUGUCGAGGCUCCCAAGGGCGAGAUGGGUAUCUACAUGGUGUCUGACGGUUCGACGCGUCCCUACAAGUGCCACGUGCGUGCUCCGGGAUUCUACCAUCUGGGUGCCAUCAACAUCUUCAUGAAGAAUGCUCUGCUGGCCGAUGUGGUCGCCGUUAUCGGUACCAUGGAUCUUGUGUUUGGUGAGGUCGAUCGUUAA